AUGGAGGAGUCAAGAAAAAGGUUUGACAAGAAUGAAGCUCAACUCCAAAAGUAUGAAGUUUUGUUACAAAACCAAUCCAUUUCCAUAAGAAAUCUUGAAACUCAAAUGGGGCAAAUCCACAAUAUUUUAGCAGGAAGAGUUCAAGGAACAUUGCCUAGUGAUACAGAGGAGAAUUUAAAGGAGAGAGUUAUUGCUAUCGUGCUGAGAAGUGGUAAGGAGUUGAAGGAAGCAAGCAAAGAAGGAGAAACAGGGGAAAAACUCGAAGAUGGAAAAGAGGGCAAAACCAAUUGUGCCAUAGCACAGUGCCACGACAUAAGGGUAGAAAAUGACAAAAAUGCCCAGGCUUCGACGAACGAUGACACGACCCUCCUACAUGUUGGAGCAAAUGUCGAAGUACGUGAAGUUUCUAAAGGAGAUUAUCACCAAAAAGAGGAGUGCAUUGCUAUUGAAGAAACUGCCACAAAGCUCAGAGAUCCAGGGAGUUUCACAAUUCCUUGCACAAUAGAGGAAGAAAAGCUAUUGAAGGUGUUACGGACAUACAAGACAACUAUCAGAUGGACAAUUGCGGACAUCAAAGGUACAAAGGUCAUCGUGCACACCAACCAUUCUGCUUUGAAGUACCUCCUAGAAAAGAAAGAUUCCAAGCCAAGAUUGCUUAGAUGGGUUUUACUUCCUCAAGAGUUCAACAUGGAAAUCUGAGACAAGAAGGGAACUAAGAAUCAAGUGGCAGACCAUCUAUCUCGAUUGGAAAUAAGGGAAGAAGAGCAAAAUGACGAAAAGCUAAUCAAUGAACAUUUCUCGGAUGAGCAACUAUUUGCAGUGCAAGAUGGACCUUGGUUUGUCGACAUCACCAAUUACAUAGCAAAAAAGGCGCUACCUCCUGGAAUGACAUACCAAAGGAGGAAGAAAUUUUUCUCCGACCUGAAAUACUACUUUUGGGAGGAUCCAUUCUUAUACAAGAAAUGUACGGACCAAAUGGUGAGGAGAUGUGUAUCGGAGAAGGAAACUUGUGAUGCAUGUCAAAGGGAUGGGAAUAUUUCUAGGAAAAACGAAAUGUCUUUUAGUAACAUUUUAGAAGCAGAAAUAUUUGAUGUAUGGGGCAUAGAUUUCAUAGGACCUUUUCCAUCUUCUUUUUCUAACCGUUGCAUUCUUGUGGCUGUAGAUUACAUCUCGAAGUGGGUGGAAGUUGUAGCACUAUCGACCAACGAUGCUUGUGUCAUGGUGAAGUUCAUAAAGAAGAACAUCUUCUCAAGAUUCAGCACACCUAGAGCUAUCAUAAGUGAUGGAGGGUCUCAUUUUUCUAACCAAUAAUUCGAGACAUUGUUGAGCAAGUAUGGAGUUACACAUCAAGUUGCAACACCAUACCACCCACAAACAAGUGGGCAAAUGGAGGUUUCUAACAGGGAGUUGAAAAGAAUCUUAGAGAAAAUAGUGAAUGCCUCUCGGAAAGAUUCGUCCACAAAGUUGGAUGACGCACUAUGGACAUAUAGAAUGGCAUUCAAAACGCCACUAGGGAUGUCACCAUAUAGGCUAGUAUAUGGGAAAGCAUGUCACCUUCUAGUAGAGCUCGAGCAUAGGUCAUAUUGGGCCAUGAAGAUAUUAAAUUUUGAUCCAAAGGCGGUAGGUGCGAAGAGAUUGUUGCAACUCAAUAAGAUAGAGGAAUUUCGCCACAAAGCAUAUGAGAGUGCUUGGAUUUAUAAAAAGAAGACCAAGCUUUGGCAUGAUAAGCACAUAGUGAAAAAGGAGUUCAACCUGGAUGGUUAUUCAGGAUAUAAUCAGAUUUCCAUCGCUCCUGAGGAUCAAGAGAAGAGAACCUUCACUUGUCCCUAUAGAACCUUUGCUUACCGAAGGAUGCCUUUUGGGUUAUGCAAUGCACCAGCUACAUUUCAGAGAUGUAUGAUGUCGAUCUUUGGUGAUAUGGUGGAGCGGUUUAUAGAAGUCUUCAUGGAUGACUUCUUUAUUUUUGGUUCAUCUUUUGACAAUUGCUUAUCUAAUCUUUCACUUGUUUUGCAGCGAUGUAAGGAGACAAACUUGGUGCUCAACUGGGAAAAGUGCCAUUUCACGGUCUAGGAAGGGAUAGUGCUUUGUCAUAGAAUUUCAAGGGAUGGAAUAGAAGUGGAUCGAGCAAAAACAGAAGUAAUUGAAAAGCUACCACCACCUUCAAAUGUUAAAGCAGUUCGGAGUUCCUUAGGGCAUGCGAGGUUUUAUAGAUGGUUUAUCAAGGAUUUUUCUAACAUCUCUAAACCCCUUUGCAAUUUAUUGAUUAAAGAUGUUGCUUUUGAUUUUAAUGAUGAAUGCAUGCAUGCCUUUUAAACUCUAAAAAAAUUAUUAGUGUAUGUACCUAUUAUUGCAGUUCCCGAUUGGGGACUGCCAUUUGAAUUGAUGUGUGAUACUAGUGAUUUUGCACUAGGAGUAGUGUUAGGACAGAGGAAAAAAAAAGUGUUACAUGUAAUUCAAUAUGCUAAUGGAUACUCAGGAUACAAUUAGAUUGCAAUAACACCAGAAGAUCAAGAAAAGACCAUAUUCACAUGCCCAUAUGGAACAUUUGCAUACCAAAGGAUUCCGUUUGGACUAUGCAAUGCACUAGCCACUUUUCAACAUUGCAUGAUGUCCAUCUUCUCAGAUAUGGUGGAGAACUCCAUUGAGAUUUUUAUGGACGACUUCUUCGUGGUAGGUAAUUCCUUUUAUUCUUGUUUAUCUAACCUUUCUUUAGUUUUGCAGAGAUGUGUGGAGACCAAUCUAGCACUAAAUUGGGAAAAGCAUCACUUCAUGGUACAAGAAGGAAUCGUGCUAGGCCAUAGAAUCUACAUCAAUGGGAUCGAGGUGGAUUGAGCAAAGGUAGAGGUCAUUGAGAAGUUAACAACCCAAAAUUCCGUGAAAGUCAUUCGAAACUUCCUUGGACAUGCCAACUUCUAUAGGAGAUUUAUCCAGGACUUUUCAAAAAUCUCUAAACCUUUUUGUGAUUUAUUAGCAAAGGAUGCAUCUUUUAAUUUCAAUAAAGAGUGUUUAAAAGCAUUAGAGUGCCUAAAAGCUAAAUUGAUAUCUGCUCCUAUAAUUGUUGUGCCCAAUUGGGAAUUACCUUUUGAAUUAAUGUGUGAUGCUACUGAUUAUGCAAUAGGAGCUAUGUUAGGGCAACAAAAAGGUAGAAUAUUCCAUGUCAUUUAUUAUGCUAUUAAGACAUUGAUGAGACCACAACUAAAUUAUGCCACAACGGAGAAAGAAUUUUUAGCUGUUGUCUUUGCAAUUGACAAGUUUUGUUCUUAUUUGCUAGGUACAAAGGUCAUCGUGCACACCAACCAUUUCGCUUUGAAGUACCUCCUAGAAAAGAAGGAUUCCAAGCCAAGAUUGCUUAGAUAG